AUGGCAAACAAUAGUAUUGGACAGGAACUAUCAACAAUUCUGACCUGUGAAGGGGACCUGUUAGAUCCCAGGUUCCCUGCACGGCUGAACAUAGUGAUAAACAGCUUGAAUGAUAUUUUGGGUGACUCUGUGAAAGUUCGCAAACUGGAGCCCUGGAACUCAGUGCGUGUAACGCUGUCCAUUCCUAGGGAAGCAGCGUUACGCCUUAGGCAGCUUGCUAAUGAGGGCUCCCAACAGCUCAGGGCCCUUGGAAUACUCAGUAUCCAAGUGGAUGGGGAACAAGUCAUAUCUCUUAGAUUGGCCACUGGAUCCAUCAACUCAGAACCCCAAGAAAUAAUUUUGAGAACUUCUCAAGAUGGGUCAACUAGUGGUAGCAGUAAUCGCCAAGAGCAGGAUCUUGGCUUAUCAAAUUUCCUGCAAACAAAUGCAACCUCAACCUCCCUCAACACCAACAAUACGCAAGUGCAAUUUAAAUCCCCCAAUGUGGUUUGUCCCUCGGAUUCAGUGGUGCCCAAGGUAGGGACCAGUUCAGUAGCAUCCAAUAGGCCAUUUCCUUUCACCAGCAUGAACCAGGCCAUCCACAGCAACCGAGAAUCGCCUUUCAAUGCGCUGCCGCCGCCCUAUCCAAGCAAGCAACCCCCCGUCACCAUAUCCAGCCCUCUGCUGGUGAACCUCCUCCAGAACGAUGGGUCCAAAGAGCCGAGCGGCGGCGGCGGCGUCUCCAAGGCGUCGAAGCCCCCCCAUCUGCCGCCUAGCGUCUCUCCCGCCCCCAAUCUCCAUCUCCACAAUCUCCACCACGCCAACGUGCCGCCUAGCAAUUGUGCAUCACCAAGCGCCUUAUCAACUAAUACUUCCAUUAGGCAGAAUAGCACCAUACUGACAAGUACAACGGCGGCGGGCGGGAUGAGCAAACCGCCGCCACCGCCCCCGCCCCCGCAAUAUCACCGACCGAUGUCGUCUUCUUCGUUGGUUAAACAACACCCAAUGAGUGGUCUUCAGAACAGCACAGCACCAGUGAAUUCACAAAACACCCCACUUUCUCAAAACGUCAUGUCUCAUACUCCUCAACCAGCACCACAAACUAAUGCCAUACAACAGGCCCCAGCGCCUCUACAACCGACUAACGUAUACCAGUCGCAAACGACAUUGAAGAAAAACCCACUGCUAAACAAUUCUAGCAACUUGGUCGGUCCCUUGGUACAACCGAACCUGAAUUUUCCCCACGCGAAACUCAACAAGGCCCACAGCUUACCCAACUCUGUCAGACCAUCUCACCUCUCGCUAGCGAAAAACCCCUCGCCCAAUCAGGCGCCCGUGAGUAAUCCCCUGAAACAACCCGUGCCCAAACCCCCGCACCCCUUCGCUCAACACAACAAGACCAACUUCGUGUCGCACGGCAACCCUGUCCAGCCGGAAUCGGCCCCAUCGAACCUGACCAACGUCAUGUUGAGGAGCCUGCCUUCCCCGCCGCCCUACUCGGUGGCGGUGUCGCGGCCGCCCUGGGACUCGCUCGUCGACCUCACGCCCACCCUCACCGAUCUGAGGGCGGACGACCUGGACGAGCUGCUGCCCACGCUGGAGAGGGAACUGACGCAGAGCCCGCUGCCCGAACUGCCCGAGGACUUUCUCGCCGACCACUCGACGCUGAUAUCCAGCGCCGAGGAGUUGAGCGACAGGCGGAAGUUUCUGAUCAACCCGCUCACCGGGGAGCUGGAGCCGCAGUCGAGCGGGGAGAGCGACAGCGAGGACUUGAAGGACGUGUUCACCGGUCUGCCAUCGCCGGCCACCCUGUCGGACGACGACACGUGUUCGACGACGCGGCCCGACACGACGACCGACCAGAGCGACAGCGAGACGCGGUCGAGCGAUCCCGGCAAGCCGCCGCGGUCGAAGACGUCGCGCAGCCGGGAGCGCGGCCGAGACUCGCCGGCGCUCAAGCCCGAGAAGAUCAAGCUCAGGCUGAAGCUGGAGAAGUCGGAGCCGGUGAAUCCGGCGUACAAGGUGGACGUCAGCUUCGUGAACCAGCAGCCGAAAAAAGCGUCCGCCUCCCUGAUGGCGGGCGGCGAGGAGUUGCGCGUACCCCCGCUGCACAUAUCGCUGCGCGGCCGCAACUCCGUCGUCAUCAAGAACAAGACGAAGGUGAACGCGGACGGUACGCCGGUGAAGACGAAGGCGCGUAAAAACGCCGAUCACGCGAAGGCGAAACGGACGGACGGCGCAGGCGCAGGAUCGGCGGUCGGCGAGGAGGUGGGCGGCGGCGCAGUGGCGUCGGCGGCGUCGGAGGGUUCUUCGGGGUCGGUGGGGGUGGAGGGAAAGGUGUGGAUGGCGGGGAUGGAGCAGAAGAAGUUCAAGAAGCUGAAGGCCGUGCACGAGCAUAAGGACGUCGUCGCCACUCUCGCCCAAGAAAACGACCCGAAACCCAAGUUCGCCAUCCACAACCACUACAAAGACAAGCAGAAGGAGCGCAGAGGCAGCGACUCGGACCUGGUGCGCAACAACAAGAAAUACCUGGAGAGCAACGGCGCCGCGGGCGGCGAGGAGAAGCGCCGCCGGUCGAGCCAGUCGGAACAGCAGCCGGACGACGGGCAAAAGGUCUUGGGCAGCACCAACGUGGGCACGAUCACGAAUUUGCCGCAGAAGCCGCGGAAGGACAAGACGAAGGCGAAGGAGGCGUUCAAGGUGACGAAGAUGUUCAGCAAGAGUUUCGGGGACAAGUUGCAGGGCAAGCCCGUCACGCUGCCGACGGCGGGCGAGAUGAACAUGGAGGCGAAGUUCAAGCAAGGGCUGCUGGAGGGCACGGGGGAGAAGGGGGUGCCUCGGCCGCCCCAUCGGACCGAGGUGGUCAACCACGUCACUGCUGAUUCCAAUAUCGCGCAGGAAACGGAAAAGAUCACAAAAACGACCUCGACCGACGCCUCCCCCGACCCCGAUCCGGACAAGUGCCACACGCCGCACCGCGACCAACCCUCCGACCCGCCUCCGGACAAGCCCGUCCCCGCCCCCGCUUCGGUGGCCGCCCGUUCGCCCGCCUCCUCGGCCGCCAAUCAGCAGGGCGAGGACAGCGGCAUCGAGAGCAUGGACGCGCUGAGCGAGAAGUCGCCGAACCAGGCCAGCCAGAGCCCGCACGCCGUCGAUAUGACGGGGGCGGGGCUGGUGGGGCAGAAGAGGCGGGGCGGCGGCAGCGGGGCGGAUCUGUUGGAUAUCGAGGCGCAGCUGGCGAAGAUGGAGGGGUUGAACGGGGACUCUGACGACAGACAGGACAUGACCGGAAACGGCAACAGGCUGGAGGACGUGAACGAGAACAAGUGCGAUCAGGAGCAGACGGCGAAGAAGUGCUGCGAGCUGACUUGCGUGCUGCAGGAUAGCAUGAAGCAGGCGGCGGUCACGUUGGCGAGCGUGCUGGAAUCGCCGACGUUGCCAGACGUGCAGAAAUCGGAGAUCAGUCUUGUGCCUCUCAAGGUGAAAAAGGAGGCGGACCUGGAGCUGGACCCGCUACCUGUUCGCGUCACGCCCGCCCUCUACACCUACUCCAAUCCGGAGAAGGGAGUGCGCGGCGGCUCCGAGAGCCCCGCCCCCUUAUCCGAUGACGACGACAGCGAUUCGUGCUCGACGACGACGAGUCUGGCCGCGGUGGGAGGCGGCAAGCAGAGCAAGAGCCUGCUCGAGCAGCUGCUCAUCGAGAUACCGGGAGAGCACCAGAACGCGGUGCCGAGUUCGCAUAGCCCAGCUACCAGGUCAUCGGUGAGAACGCGGGCGCUGUCGAAGAUGAACAGCCCCGAGUUGAGUUCGCCUGUGCCGACGACGAAGGGCGGCAACCUGACCGUGGGCGCGUUGGGGUCGCGCACCGCGCCCUCGGCGGGCAAGCGGAAACGGAACGCGUCCGACAGCUCCAAUCACAGCGUGGACGAGGCGAGGAAGAAGGCGCGGAAGGUGGGGGGAGAAGCGGCCGCGCAUACGGACACGCACGGCAACCCACCUUUGAAAACCCGCCAACACGACCACGUCAAGCCGAACAACGUCAAGAAACCACAGCCGACGACGACGCCGUCGACAACGAAGGCGCAGGACGAGAGCUCCGACAGCGACGAGCCCCUCAUCGAGAAGGUGCGCAAGCCGAUCGCGCCCGUGCACGCGCAGGCGCACGCGAACAACGCGCUCGCCAAGACGGCGAAGGCGAAAGGGGGCGGCACGAUCGCGACGCCCGUCUCGGCCGUCAACAGCAAGGUGGCGCUGGUGGUGAACACAAGAAGGUCGGUGCGCAGCAACAUGCCGGCGCAGAACACGCGCAGCAAGGGCGACAAGGUGGCGAACGCUUCGGAGUCGGAGGCUUUAAGGAGGAAAACCAGGAGUACCGUGUCCGAUGUGGAGAGCAAACGCAAGAAAGAGGUGAAGUGACAGUAUGGCAGCGGCUGCUGGGAAGGCAGCCAGCGAGCGAGCCACCUCCACCACAACCACACCACCACUAACUCCA